GUUGUACUGGUGAAACCACUCAGUGGACUCAAACUGUAUUAAAAUGGUAAAAGGUGGAAAGCGGUAUUCUUCAAUGAGCAAUGACGGCAAAUGGUUUGCUCAUCCAGUUUUACCAGAAAAUGAAACAAGGAGUCGUGAGACCUGUACAAGCACUGGGAACAUGCUGACUCAGGUUAAAUCAUCAUUGCCUCAGGAUUUGAACUUGGAGCGCUAUCCUAAAUGGAAAACUCAGCAGGAAUCCAGAGAGUAUCCAUUCUCAGGCCAUGACAACAAGCAUUCCUUAAAAGACAACAUCUCUGUAUUCACUCAUGGUGUGGGACGCAGGAAGUGUCUUGAUGAUCACCGACAGCACAACUCCCACUUCUGCCUGUGCCGUGAUGAAAAUGACAGCAGCUCUAGGGAGAACGUCACGGUCUACCAGACUGACUUUAUGGUGAAGCAGGCUGUUAAUGGUCCAACCAGCACCAGACGGUUCCCCCGCAACCACCAGCAGAAGUCUGCAGAGGCCGCUUUGGCACAAGCAGCGGAGCAAUUCAUGUGGUUCGGACGACAUGACUCUGACCUCAAAGACACCCUGCAUGCGCUGGCAGCUAACAACUACUUAGCACCUUCCAAGGACUAAGAUACUACUGAGAUACUUUACUAGAUGGUAUCAUUGAGAAGACAUAGUAUAU